AAUUUCUUCUUGUGUGGAGAAGAAAAAAAAGUUUUUAUUUUUAUUUCGUCGUACCAAAGAAAAAUAGUGAAAAUGAGUGAAAAUUCAGCUUAUUUGGGGGUGAAUGGUGCAAAAAGUAGUGCCACAGUUAAUGGUGAAGUGAAACAACCAUUUUUAAUUGGUGUAGCAGGUGGAACGGCAUCGGGAAAGUCAACAGUGUGCAAGAGGAUAAUGGAGCAAUUGGGGCAAGCUGAUAUGGAUCAUGCACAGAGACAGGUUGUCUCCAUCAGCCAGGACAGCUUCUACCGGGAAUUGACAGCGGCGGAAAAGGCAAAAGCCGAACGGGGACAAUUUAACUUUGACCACCCGGAUGCAUUCAAUGAGGACAUGAUGCUCCGGACGCUCAAGGACAUUCUGGCCGGGAAGAAGGUGGAAAUCCCCGCAUAUGACUACCGCACCAAUUCCCUGCGUCCUGAGCGUCUCAUCACCAUCUACCCCGUGGAUGUGGUGAUGUUUGAGGGUAUCCUCACGUUCUACUUCCCCGAAAUUCGUGAUCUCUUCCACAUGAAGCUCUUCGUGGACACGGAUUCAGACACUCGCCUGGCACGACGUGUCCCACGGGAUGUCAAUGAACGUGGCAGGGAUCUCGAUCAGGUGCUCAACUACUAUCUCAACUACGUGAAGCCAGCUUUCGAGGAAUUUUGCUCACCGACAAAGAAAUUCGCCGAUGUCAUCAUUCCACGAGGAGCUGACAACACAGUGGCAAUAGACCUUAUUGUGCUCCACAUCGGUGAAUUGCUUCGUUCCGGAGGCUCCACGGCCAAUCUACCGCCACUCUUUCCCAUGCAACGACGUGACCGGGAGCAUUAGAUUUUAGUGAUUAAAUGCGAUGUAGAAUAAAAAGAGAGAAAGUUGGAACAAUAAAAAAAGCGAGAGGAUUGUUCCAGCACGCAAAGUUGAGCGCUUUUGCACCACAAAAGGAUACUCAUGAUGGGAAUAUCCUCUUGUACUUAGAUACCUAACUACUUAAAAAAAAAAACAAGAAAACAAAGUCAAACAUUUUGUAGAAAAAAAAAGUAAAAUUUUAAUGUUGUUAGACACGCAAGGAGAAUUGCUGUAAAAACCAAAAAAAAAAUUUAAUCUGUCUAUUUAGUUGAGUAUCAAUGUACUAUACUUAUUAGUCUCUGGUAUUCUACAGCGUUGCUAUUAACUGCUGUUGCACAGAAAAUUAUCAAUUUUAUUUUUUUUUAAUAAAGAAAUAAACAAUUCCAGGCUUUGAUUUGUUUAUUAUUUUUCAAUUAAAAUGUGUACUUUGAAAGCUUCUUCGUAUUAGUAGAACUGUAGAAUACCACAAGUAGCUAUUUCCUAUUAUUACAUUAUGCUUGUAAAAUUCAUUAACCAAAAAAUAAUGAAUUCUAUUUUAUUUCUUUUGUAUACGUAUUUACAUGUUAUUUUGUAUUGAAAAAAAAUAUUUUAUUGAAUUAUUAUUACUGUAAACUGUCGUUUUAUCUAUUCUUUUGUAAAGUAUUCUAUAAGAAACAUGUAGGAAUUUUUAAAUUUAAAUAGUCUUUAAGGUCUUAUUAAGUCUUUAAAGGCUUCAGAUGCAAAACUUUUCCGUACACAAAAGCUUUUACAGUUAAGCUCGCGCAGUAGGACCGUCCUCAAUACCGCGGAGAAGUCCUAUUGAGGACGGUCCUACUGCACAACUUGGCCGUAUAAAAUCCUACAAAUCUAAACAAACGAACAAAAUAUUGGAAGAAUUCGUAAAUAAAAUAAAUUCCCUAAAAACCAGUGUGUUACACAAAUAUAUAUUUUUUUAAAUACACUAAAUGAUUUAAAAUUUAUUGUUUAAUAAACGGAGGAAUGUCCUAAAAUAACAUAUAUUUCUGUAGAUGAAAUGGAAUUACUUUUUUUAAGAUUAAUAAAGGUAAAACAAAUUAUUCACUUUAAUUACGUCAAGGAGUUAAACAAAAAGGUUUUACCUGUUGUUUGAGAUUUUAUUCAUUUUCUGAAUUUUAAAACAGAAUUUCGAUAUUUUUACUCACUCCUUUUGAAUUCUAUUCACCCCAGUUUACGAUUAAAAGUAAAUUUUUAUUUUCACAUCCCUUUUAGAAUUUUUUUUUACAAAGUUUUCCAUUUUGAAAUUCAAUUUACUCAUUAUCCAGGAAUAAAUAAAUUAAUUUUGGAUAAGAAUCUCUUUCAAUAAGAUUGGAAAAACUAUUUUUUUUUAUUAAAAAAGAAAGAUAAUGAAGUAGGAAGGAGAAUUUAUUAAAUAAUCAUGAAAAAAAUUAACAAUAAUUAAUUUCCGUAAAUUAAUUAAAACAUACCUACUUAAUUUUACUUUCUUAUAAAUGAAAAUGAUUUGAUCAUCAGUUCGUGGCAAAUCUUUGUAAAUUCUUGUAUGCGGAGAGAAUUAGAAUUUUUAAUUCAAGAAAUAUAAUUUUUUUCACGGAUUUUUAAUAAUUUUUGUUCUUUAGUUUAUUCAGCUAAAUUAUUCAUUGUUAGAUGGAUUAGAAGCGUCUUUUUUUAUAAUUCAUGAGACAUUAAACGCUGAGUUGUAUUGAUUUACAGUAAAGACUUGUAGAACAGCCUUAUUUUAUACAAAUUCAAUUAAUUUACUACGUAGCAUAAAAGAAACGAAUAAAUAAUAUCCUUAUUUUGUAUUAAAUCCGAAACAUUUUUUUUUUCAUUGAGAAAAUGUUGUAAAAUGAUUUUCAAAGGAAAGGUUGUAAAAUCACAUUUUCCAGUGAAAUUAGAGAAAAUAAACAAGCAGAAAAUCCUUUAAGUAUGUUUUGAAUUCUUCCACAUUGUUCUAGAGCUCAAUGAGAACACGAAGAUUGCUUAAAAACUCAAGGAAAAUAUUCUAAAAUCUCAAUAAUUUGUCAUAAAUUAAAAACUCUACAUGUUUCUUAUAUCAAUGCUAUUAAUGAGAUACUUUAAGCAUUUUUCCUUCCAUCUUCCCACCCACGCACAAAAAAAAUGAAUAUGAAAGUCAUUCUGAUAACUCUCAAAUCAUCAUUCCCGUUCUUUAAAUUUUUUUUACGUGAAAAUUGAACCCUAAAUUAUUUCCAUUUCUGUAAACCAAUAAAAAAAAUCUUUUUAGUGAGUGUGAAUAAAAAUAUUCUUCAAUGAA